CCAAAAUCCACCGACAGCGAGGAUUUGGCUUCUCCCAGCUUUUUGGGGCACGAAGCACAACCCCGUGCUUUGAAUAAUUUCCGACCGAAGAGGAUAAAAGGCAAAGAUUCGACUCAUUCAGCCCCCAAAAAAACAGGAAAUGAGAGGCCUGGAGGUGAAGGUCUUCCUGUCACCACCUGCCCCGAACCCCGGAGCGGUGGAGGUUCCGUGAACCCGGGAUGGGCUCCGGCGCUUGGCUCCGGCUGCUCCUCACCCUCGGAGCUCUUUGGGGGAUCAGAGCCAGGGAAAAGGUGCUGGGAAUUCUGGGGGAGGCGACGCUCCUGCGGAUCCCCCGCGAGCUCCGGGAACGCACCGAGGAAUUCGGGGAAGCCUCCUGGAAAAAAACCACGGAGGAGCCGCUGAAGAAGAAAUUCCUGCUGAAGAUUUCCGGCGGGAAUUACACGGAGUUCGAGCCGGAGCGGAUGCGCUUCCACAAGGAGGACUUUUCCCUGGAAAUCCUCAACACCAGCCGGGAUGACCGGCGGCUCUACGAGUACAGCGUCAGCAAGGGGCCGGACGAGGAGGUCUGGCAGAUCCAGCUGGAAGUGUUCGAGCCGGUGGCCAAUCCCAGCAUCCGGAUCCUCCAUCGGGAAUCCUCCAACGGCAGCUGCUCCCUGGCUCUGCGCUGCUCCUCGGAGCGGGGGGAUGAGGUUUCCUACAGCUGGGACAGCCGGGACAACGGCACCGGGGGGAUCUGCUCCGGGAGCGGCGGCGUCCUGAACCUCUCGUACUCCCUGCGCGGCGCGGCCUUCGGCUGCGUCUGCACCGCCAGCAACCCCGUCAGCAGCCGCCGCGCCGCCUUCCACUCGGCCCAGUGCGGCUCCGAGCAGUGGGAUGUCCCCAGGGUGAGGCCAGAGCUCCUGGUGUCUCUGGUGGUGCUCGGUGUCAUCGUCAUCGUCAUCGUGGUCCUUGCCACCUUCAGGGCCACCCGCUCGGCCAAAUGUGACCCGGACCCCUCCCAGGUCACCCCGGACCCCUCCCAGGUCACCCCGGCCAGCGCCACCAUCUACGCCCAGGUGCAGCGGGUGCAGAAGCCCAAAGGGACCGUCCCCACCGCCACCCCCCUGUCCUGCACCACCAUCUACGCCGCGGCCACCGGGCCACCCCCGGCCCCCGACGGAGCCCCCCGGUCCCCGGCCGGGUCCCCAACCCCGCGGGGACGCCCCGCGCUGUCCCAGGAGCCCACGACGGUUUACGCCAGCGUGACCCUCCCGGUGGCCUGAGCCUCCCCGGGAUCCGCGUUCCCGGCUGGAAUCGCCGCCGAUCCCGGGGGAAUCCUUUGGGGAUCCCGGAGCGAGCCCAGAGGAAUUGGGGGAACUCUCCGGAGCCAGUGGCGUCCCCGACGUGAUGUGGGAAGGUCGCGCGAGGGCUGAUCCCAAUUAACGCCAGUAAAUGAUCCCAAUUAACGCCCGGGAGUGGCCACGAGGAUGUUUGGAAUGAGGGAGAGGAGGCGCCACCCCUUUCCAUCCCGAUCCCAAAGAAAACCCCGAUCCUGGCAUCACCUCUCCCACCCCAU